CCGUCACCAUUUACACUUGGAGGGAGCGUAGCACGCAGGGAAUUAUCCUUUUGAUUGUAAGUUAUAUGAUUUGCUUCAGGGAUGAGGGAGCUUGCAGGAUUCUCCUAUCUUCGACCGGAAGAUGAAAUCCUCUGCUCCUAAUUGUAUUUUUUUUUUUUUUUUUUUUGUCGUGCGGUCUAGUUGAGUUAACGAGCUUCAAGUCGUACCAACUCACAUUCUUUUAGUUAAAAAUACACAGGAAACAGAAACCAAAUAGCACAGUAGUAUGUUGCCGACGUCUUUUUCCUUCCCUUCGAGUUGCAUCAUAGAAAGACAGAUUUCAUUAACUACGUCAUUUUUUUUUUUUACAUCCUCAGGAAACGGCCAAAAGGGUUUAGACACUGGCUGAUAAGAGAUAGAGACCGACUUGCUUUUGUGACAGAUAGGCACGUUCCUUGGCCUCCAUUUCGACCAACCGAACACUUCGCCGCGGGUUGUUGUGGCGAGAUUUUGAUCAGUGAAUUAUUAUCAGCUUUAUUUACACUGCUGACUUAGACAUUUGCAGGAAGCCGAAUUUUGUUAGUAAUUCAGUGACCAUGAAGAAGAAGCAACUUCUGUUAUCAGCCGUCAUCCCUCUGGCUUUGGGAGUCUUCUCAGUGACUUUGGCGAACACCAGCUCAGUAACGUAUGGCGACAGGAUCGGGCCUUUUAGCCUUCCAGACACCGAGAAUGUAGAAAUUUGGUACAGAAAAACGAAAAGUGAAACAUGUUCCGCAAUUAGUCGCUUCUGUUUCACUCUUCAACAGGACUCCAGAGUUAUUUUCCAUUGGCCAUGUAAACCUGUGGAGUGUGGGACUGACGGAUGGUCGCUCAUCCGUAUACUUGGCAAGCAUAUUAUCAUUGGCGAUAAAAUGUAUGAUUUGAAUAACGAUGGAGGGGAACAGCCUUUGCGCUGGAGGACGCUGACGGUAUCAAGUAAUUACUUUUUGGAAUGGAAGAUCUAUCCCGUCAUCCGCGAUAGCCUGAGAGCGCCAGAUCCAAACCUAACAACACCUCAAGUGAACGUGAUGGGCAUCGUGGGGACCGUUUCAGGAAGUUUGGGUUUUGUAUUGAUCGUCAUCAUAAUAAUUGUUCUGUUACGUAACAGGAAGCAACAGCCGAGUCCAGAAGCAGCCAAUAAUGCAGACCAAGAAGAAGAUGACUAUGAUGACGUGAACAACGUGAAUUAUCACAUCUAUGACGGCAUAGAGAAUGUUGUAGAAAAUAUAUACGAUAACCCUGACUAUUCGAUGUAUUGUUAAAUGGAUGAUGAUAAUGACACAGCUACAUUUCCUAAAGAUAACCAAGCACUGGGAAAAUGUCAGGAUUUUUUUUUUUUUUUUUGCCGUACAACUGGACAACAUAAACUGCCCUUACUUCAAGUUUACGGCUUCACUUAAGCUGCUCCACCAAGUUCAACU